GACUUCAAAGGACAUAUAAAGAAUGGGAGACUUUCAAAACUUUGAACAAGACUUCUAUCAGUCUGGAUAUUAUAUGGACAGUCAGCAGGAAGAGGUAUAUGGCUAUGAUCCAGCCUACGUUAAUCCAGAAUACCAUGAUGUUGAUAAUUCCGCACACUUAGCAGAUGAAUAUACCACUACAGCAUCUUAUACUGGACAAGUGUAUCAGCCUGUAGCGCCACCCGAGCAAACAGACUGCAUAGACUCAUAUGAGGAAGAACCGCCACUCUUAGAAGAGUUGGGCAUUAACUUUGACCAUAUCUGGCAGAAGACUCUGACAGUGUUAAAUCCACUGAAGCCUGCUGAUGGCAGUAUUAUGAAUGAGACAGACCUCACUGGGCCUAUUCUCUUCUGCGUUGCCCUGGGAGCCACACUAUUGAUGGCAGGGAAAGCGCACUUUGGAUAUGUGUAUGGCAUCAGUGCUCUGGGAUGUGUUGGGAUGUACACGCUGUUGAACCUGAUGAGCAUUUACAGCAUAUCCUGUGGAUGUGUGGCGAGUGUACUGGGAUACUGUCUCCUGCCAAUGGUUUCGCUCUCUGCAUUUGCUGUUGUUUAUUCACUUCAAGGGCUCUUGGGAACGCUGUUGGCCUUGUUUGUGGUUGGCUGGUGCAGUCUAUCAGCCUCUAAGAUCUUCAGUUCCACUCUUAACAUGAGUGGGCAGCAGCUGCUGGUGGCAUAUCCCUGUGCUCUUCUGUACGGGGUCUUCGCUCUCCUUACUGUCUUCUGAUGAGAACUCAGUUCAAAUGUGAACUAUAAGAAAUUAUCACUCUAAGAUCAGAUGAAAAUCCAGUGCACAUAAUGCGCAUUGCUAUCAAAGUGGCAACAAAUUUUCAUUUACUGUAAAUCAGGAUUAUCAGAUGAAUUAAAACAAAACUAUUAUAGAACUAGGUUAGCAGAAUCAUUUUUUGAUAUUGGAAUGCACACAUAAUCAGAUACUAUGAACUCAGUCACACUAAUUUAAUGCUAAGCUUGAUCCUAGAGAGUGAGAGAAAGUGAAUUUCUAUCACUCUCUGGGAUCAAGCUGAAUAAUGCAAUGGCUAAGGUAAACCAUUUUCAAGCCUUAUACUAUCUUAUUCAUACAAGAUCUCGACCAAAAAUGUAUGCACCUUUUGGUGGAUAUAAAUAUUGAUGUUUUUUCCAUCAAGAGGUGCAUACAUUUUUGGUCAAGAUCUUGUAUUGACAAUGCAAG